UUAGUUUUUCUUAAUCCUCAUCUAGCGGCGUCGGUUAUGCUUAUUGAACCUGAGCCGUUUCGCGCAUCUAAGAGUGGCAUCUCAAACAUUACAAGCAUCUGCACUCUGCUGGGUGCUAUCACUCUUCUGUGCAAUCCUCGGGCAUCUAGACCUUAUGAUCAUGAAACUCGGGAUGAUGACUGGCCUUGGCACACUUCGGAACAGCGACCGAGAUCAGUGGAGUCGUACUACCGUAUUUUAGGCGGGGAGCUAAUGUUGUCUAUCUAUGAAGUAUGAUUCACUGGCAUGACUCAAACUGUAACCGCAGCUCCUUAUAUAGUUCCCGUUUCGCGCAUUUCACUGUCAAAUGACAAUCCUCAUAAUUUGAUAGACGUCUAAUCAGUGAAUUUACGAUGGGUAUCGAGACAGAGCCGAAGAAUUGGUAUCGUGACGAGUUCCUCCUGUCGACGGAACGGAGCCUCCUUCAAGUCGAUGCCAUCCACGAAGCGAUGGGUUCAGAGGUCAUGUGGUGGACACAGGCAAUUCCUAAACAUGCUUUACUCGAAGCUCUGCAAAAUUCACUGUGUUUCGGGCUGUAUGAGCUUCCUCAGUCUACUUCUCAGAUCGCAGGCCAGGGAAGCCCGAAGCAAAUUGGUUUCAUGAGGGUUAUCACAGACAAUAUAACCUUCGCGUACCUCACCGAUGUAUAUGUGUUGCCCGAGUACCAGGGCAAGGGGUUGGGACGUUGGAUGUUGAGUUAUUUGGAUGAAGUCAUUAAAGCUUGGCCACACCUUCGCCGAUUUAUGCUUUUUACUUCUAGCAGAUCAGUAGAUCUCUAUAAAGAGACGAUUGCGGCGAAUAAUUGGGUCGUGGGCGAGGGAGGGUUAGCUAUUGGAAUGAUCAAAGGACCGGGUGCUGUAUCGCACUAAUUGGAGUCACGCU